CACUCCAGCCUGGGCGACAAAGAGAGACUCUGUCUCAAAAAAAAAAAAAAGGAACAGCAGCAGGCAAAACUAAAAAGAAACUAGAAAUAGCCUAAAAGGCCAGCCCCAAAUGGAUAAAUAAGUACAUGAAAAACGAAAUAAUACAGUGAGAAUGCAAGAAGUAGACUAUAAAAAUGGAAUGAAUAUGUAGAUUAUAAUUGAGCAAAAUCUGUGGAUUCUUAAUGAAAUUUGAAAAGACAAUACAGAGGUGUAAAUGGUUGCUGUGUUAAGGAGAGCGUUUUUUCUCCCUGAAACCUUCUGUGCAUUAAAAAUUAUGACGGCCUUCCUCCCCACCCUCACCUCCAAAAAGACUAGUAAGGCUUUCAUACUGGUAGUUAAUUAUUAAUACCAGGAUUUAUAAAUACAGUAGAUGGAAUGGGAGGCUUGUGUUUAUUGGUCACUGUUUAUAUUCUUGCAAACGUCCUUUUCACUAACAACUAAUACUCUGCAGUCCUUCUAAAGUGUCUUUGCAGCUUUCAAGUACUAGAACUGCUCUGGUGAAAGUGGCAAGGCUGUGAACUUGGAGCUUUCCCAAAAAAGUUAGCUCUGACUAACGUUUUGUGGUACACACAGAGUUACUUUGGUUCCCCUUGUAUGACGACUUGCCCUGAAGCCAAGAGAGGUGACACACACCAAAGGAGAGAAAAUGACUGCUGGUUCAGUGUGUGUCCCUCAGAUCAUACCACUACGAGUGCCUCAGCCUGGAAAAGCUAACCAUGAAAUUGAUAACAAUACACUUUUAGAAAUGAAAUCAGACACUCCAGAUGUCAACAUAUAUUAUACUCUGGAUGGCAGCAAACCUGAAUUUCUAAAGAGAACUGGCUAUGGGGAAAAUAACACAUUUAAGUAUAUAAAACCUAUUACUCUGCCUGAUGGAAAAAUACAAAUUAAAGCUAUUGCUGUCUCCAAAGACUGCAGACAGAGUGGCAUUGUGACAAAGGUGUUUCAGGUAGGCUAUGAACCACCGAAUGUAGUCUCUCCUGAAGACAAUGUUGAAAAUGUUCUCAAAGAUUCUUCAAGGCAGGAAUUCAAAAAUGGAUUUGUUGGAUCAAAACUAAAGAAGAAAUAUCAGAACUCUGAAAAUCAACGCAGCUGGAAUGUUAACCUCAGAAAGUUUCCAGACCUCCAGGGAGGUGAAAGAACUGACCCUAAAACUUUGAAAGAUCUUCGCUUUUCAGAGAGUCCACUGGAAAUCCCAGCUCACAGUGGAGGAUCAGGUUCGAGACCACCCACCCGCCAGUCCCAGUCUCCCGGUUUUGCACAUAUAAGUGGCCUGAAGUGUUUGACAAGCACGGAGAUAAUGAGAAUUCAAAGGGAGACAGACUUUCUCAAGUGUGCCCACUGCCUUGCCCCCCGCCCAUCAGAUCCCUUUGCUCGCUUCUGUCAAGAAUGUGGCUCUCCUGUCCCACCCAUAUUUGGCUGUCGUCUCCCACCCCCGGAAGGAGCUCAGAUGGGCUUAUGUGCAGAAUGCAGAAGCUUGGUGCCCAUGAACACUCCCAUCUGUGUGGUGUGUGAGGCCCCUCUUGCUCUACAGCUGCAGCCACAGGCAAGCCUCCACUUGAAGGAGAAGGUAAUUUGCCGGGCCUGUGGUACAGGAAAUCCUGCUCACCUGAGAUACUGUGUCACCUGUGAGGGGGCCCUGCCUCCAUCACAAGAGUCGAUAUGCAGUGGGGAUAAAGCUGGUCCUCCGCCCACUCAGAAAGGGGGGACCAUCUCCUGCUCCAGAUGUGGUCGUUGGAAUCUCUGGGAGGCGUCCUUCUGUGGCUGGUGUGGAGCCAUGCUUGGCAUUCCUGCUGGCUGCUCUGUUUGCCCUAAAUGUGGGGCCAGCAAUCACCUGUCUGCCCGAUUCUGUGGCUCCUGUGGUAUUUGUGUGAAGUCCUUGGUGAAGCUUAGCUUGGAUAGAAGCCUGGCUCUAGCUGCUCAGGAACCUCGCCCUUUUUCUGAGCCCCAAUGUGCCUGGCAGUCACUGAAUAUUCCUUUGCCCAGAUCUGAUGCUGGGACUAAGAGGGACAUAGGCACACAGACUGUUGGCCUGUUCUACCCAUCCGGCAAGCUGCUGGCAAAAAAGGAACUGGAAAUAGCCUCUCAAAAGCAGAGGCAGGAGAAAAUGAGUGACCAUAAACCGCUUCUCACAGCCAUCAGCCCAGGAAGAGGGUACUGGAGAAGACAGCUGGAUCACAUCUCUGCUCACCUCAGGUGUUAUGCUCAGAACAACCCUGAAUUCCGGGCCUUGAUUGCAGAACCCAGGAUGGGAAAGCUUAUCUCUGCUACUGUCCACGAAGACGGUUGUGAAGUUAGCAUCAGACUGAAUUAUAGUCAAGUCUCAAACAAGAACCUCUACCUGAACAAGGCGGUGAAUUUCAGCGACCACCUUCUGAGCAGUGCUGCCGAGGGUGAUGGGGGGCUGUGCGGCAGCAGGUCCAGCUGGGUGAGUGACUACAGCCAGAGCACCUCAGAUACUAUUGAAAAAAUCAAAAGGAUAAGGAAUUUCAAGACCAAAACUUUUCAAGAAAAGAAGGAGCAGCUUUUACCUGAAAACAGACUCCUGCUGAAGGAAGUUGGACCCAUGGGGGAAGGAAGAGUCUCUGUGAUCGAACAGCUGCUGGAUGAGGGAGCAGACCCCAACUGCUGUGAUGAAGACAAUCGACCCGUCAUAACUGUGGCUGUUAUGAAUAAGCACCAUGAAGCGAUUCCGGUUCUCGUGCAGAGAGGAGCAGACAUCGACCAACAGUGGGGGCCAUCUCACGCACUGCGGAGGAGACUGGCACAUCUGAGGCUACCACGUGGUCUCCUGCUGCCUUGCUUUCCCACCCGUGAUACAAGACAGAAAGGUACCAAGUCCUGUUACUUACUGUCCUAGUCUUGGUCCACUCCUGUCCCAUAACCUUCUCUUCCAGCCAUAUGCUUCUGUUGUUCUCUUGAAAAUUACUUUGAAAAUGUGAGGUGAAAAUUUCCUCGAGCAUGAGUCAUUCAUGUUAACUGCUCAUAUCUUGCCGACCACGUUGUUGACGUAAGUCUUCUAGGGACAUCACAGGCAUCUAGCACUCCUGCCUCCUGAAGUCUUACUAAGGCAAGGUCAAGGUCCGUGUCAGUGGAACAUUCUUCUGUGUACUUCAUGCCACCGCAGAGGCCAAAAUUUCAGUAGCUUUGCUUGUUAUUCUGUUUCAGAAUUGUCUCUAGUGUUAGUGUUCAAAAUAUAAUCCUGUUAAUUUUUCUAUAUGCAUUUUACUAAUGUCUGCAUUUUAAUAGUUUCUACCCCCUUUUUUAGUUUUAUUUUACAGCAGAAUAUUUGGUGUGUUGGUGUAAAGCUUUGAUGGUUGGAAUUUAUUUUCUCAAGUUUGCUUAGGGUUUACUGUGUCAACUUCUUUAUUUAUCCUACACUGUUGUAUUAUUGUCUUUAUUAAUAAAAUGGUGCUACCUUGUUUUGUGUUAAGGCAUAUUUUAUAUUUUUAUGAUUCAGAAAAGCUUUUUUAAUAGCAUUUAAGUAUGUUUGUGAUUGAUACAGAAAUUACUUGAGCACAUUUUGAAUUGAAGUGUAAGCUGCAUGAGUCCUGGCUUUAUGAAGAGUCCAGCUAAGAGGAGGAAAGUGCCUUGGGCAUUGAACAGAUUGCCUUUUUAUUUUGCUGUGCCUCAGCUUCCAUGUUUGCUUCAUCACCAUUCUACAAAUUGGCCUCUAUCGACAUGUGAUCUCAUCGCAUGUCUGUAAAGUCUGACGCUGCGGUUACACCUGUCUAUCUGAACGGUGUGUAGUAGCCUUUGUCACCCCCCUGCAGGAUCAUGGUGACUGUGGCCAGUAUGUAGCUCACAUGGUUGUGGCGAGGAAAGCUAGAGGGUUGGCCUUCUCUGAAAUAGAGCACAGGGAUCUCUUCUUCCUUUCCAGUGCAUGCCAGUGGAGGACAGUAGCAUUUCCCACUAACACCCACAUUCUGCCAAGUCUGGUUUAUAUCUGUUAGUUUCAAGAGUUUGGGCCUGGAGCUGGACCUCUGUAAACCCAGGAACAUGACCUCGACGUUCCAUCCAUCCUAUUGCUUUUAGGCAUAAAUCAUCCAGAGGUCUGGUUUUACUGUAAAAGAGGCUCAGAGAGUUGUUCCUUAGCAAACAAUUAAAAUGCUCUCUCCCAUCCGAGCAUGUUUGGCUAGUGGAGCCUAAGUGGUCUCUACACCAGAUAACUUCCAUUAAGUAGCUUGGCAGGUGGCGGAAAGCUCUUUCCUCAUUUCCUAGUUCCAUGUUUGUAUCAUUCCUACCAGAAUGAAAUCAUAUUCAACACAAGGGAAUGGCUAGGAGAAAUUCACAUCCUCCACCAAAGCUCAUUCCUCUUACUAGCAGAUUUCAGAAACACAGAUUCAAGAUCUCACUAGGUGAGAAGCCCAGAGAAAUGCUGUUUGCUUUUGGACAAGAGUUGCCCUUCUUCACUGCACUGGCAAUUCGAAACGUGCCAUCCCCUGGCUCUGUCCCAGUAGCCAGGUGAGGAAGAUGCAAGCAUCAGUCUACUUCUUAGAGGUUCAGCUGUGGACACUUAUUCCAUUAGGUAAUUUAAGGAGAGAAUGUACGUUAAUCUACCAUGAUACUUAGAUUUGAGUAAGUAGUUUGAAUUGUUUGUAUAUUAAUAGUAAAGUUUCUUUAAAGUACAAAUUCCAUGGCAGAGUCACCAUUCAGCAUUUUCCAAAACCGAACUGUGGAUCCACAGGAAAUAGCCAGCACAGAAAAUCUAACCACCAGCAAACCCCCCAUGCAAUACAUAGAAUGAAUCCUCUGCUCUCAAUUUGGAGAGAAUUGUGAAGAAAGAAGAUUAUAAGUCUACAUAGGAGAUGUGGCAACCCUAUGAAUAUAUCCCAGUUCAAAUGGUAAAUGCCUCAUAAAGGCCCAAGGAACUGUAGGGGUGAAGUGACAGACAGUUAAGCUCUAUGCCACCAGCGAGGAAGAAAGAAUGAAAGAUAAGGAGGAAAUGGAGUCUUUUCCAGACUAAUUCCAGUUAAACCUCUUUUUUUGUGAACCGCCCAGUCUUGGGUAUGUCUUUAUCAGCAGUGUGAAAAUGGACUAACACACUAGCACACAGCAUAGCCCAUGAACAUUCAAUGGCAAAUUCUUCAUUUGUGACCAGUUUGUUCUUUCUGAAAGCAUUUAUCCUUGAUGUUCUGAAAUUUCACAAGGGUAUUUUUAGAUGUGCUGUUUUUGAUUCACCCAGUUGGCCUUUUCAAUUUAAAAAGUCUUAUCUUUCUUUAGGUUAGGAAAAAUUUGUUCUAUUAUCUCUUUGGCAUUUUCUCCCCUCCAUUUUUCUAUUCUCUUUCUAGAACUGUUAGUUGGAUGGUGGACUACUUGAAUUGAUUCCCUAUGUCUGUCUUUCUUUUGUGUUUUUCCGUAGUUUCAUCUAUCUUUUUCUCUUCCAUCUUUUGAGAGAUUUUCCUAACUUUGUUGUCCAUUCUUCCUAUUGAAUAAUUGUUAUUUCAAUAAUCGCAUUUAUUCUUUCUAGGAGCUACUUUUGUUCUGAUUGUUUCUUUCUCAUAGUUUCAUAUUUUUGUGCAACAUUGUCUUGAAUCAUUCUGCAGAUACCAGUUAGAUUUUGUCUUGUUUUAAAUUCCUUGUGUAUCUUGGUUUUCUCUUUGAUUCUGCAGGAUUUUCUCAGAUGUCUAUGAGCCUUGGUUGUCCAUUCACAUUUGAGAAUGGAGUUUGCACUAGAUGACUGGUAACUUUGUAUAUAAGAGAAGGGCUUUGUCAACCAAGAGGCUUUCUGGGUAGGUGGAGCUACUCCCACGCUGGGACCCCUGGGUGCCAGAAAGUGAAAGGCUUCCCUCUGAUUCUCACCAGAGGCUCUCUUUAUCUUCCUCAGAGAAGAAGCCACUAUCCUUUUUCUCCAUAGGGAUAAAUGCAUGGCUGCAGGCACAUCUGCAGGUGUGGGGGAUGAGGGUGUUGGCAUCAAAGGAAGGAGCAGGGGCAGAGAGAGUUCAGACAUUCAAUGCCUAUCUCAUUUCUACUUUCAGUCAUGACUCUUGCCCUCCUUCACUCCUGCCACCUCUGCAUAGGAGCCUUUCAGGAGUCCGGGUACCACCCUGACCUCCAUUUCAGUUGCCCACUCCUCCCUCACUAGGUCAAACCUGACCAGGAAAUAUGAACAGAAACCCUGGCAUUGCAGCAAAAUAUGCUGUGUCUGACCUCUCAGGCCUGCCCCCUGGCUUCUAAGAUUGGUGUUUAUUUUCAUGUCAUGUAAGCCUAACUCACUAGAGCCAAGGCCAUUUUCCCUACACAAAAAUAGGAGCCUCAGCCCUGAGAAGCUACUAUCAUGCCCGAGGGGUCCAAGCCAAAGUUAAGACUAUGUCCAAUAUGUUGCAUAAACUCUUGCAGGCAGUUUAGAACAAUGGUAUUUAUUAGCAUUUAUUAAAUCAACUACCAACCAUAUCCUGUGGGUUUCUCGCAUUAAAAAAUGAAUGUGUUUAUAACCUUUUCACUGUCUAGUAUCAAAGCUUACCCUCCAUCACAGUAUUCCUCCAAGAGAAGGGCAGAGAGAGGAGACUCAAAAGGUUUCCCAGGUUAGUUAAGUAGGUCGAUGAAAAAAACAAGGACCUUGGGUCCCAUGCAUCCUCUCCAGUUUCCUGAUGAUGCUAACUAAGGAUUUAUCCAGGAUUUUUUUCCCCCU